AUGUUUUCAAAAAAUCUUCCCAUACUAAAAUCUUCAUUACUAAGAUAUCAAACAAAAUGUCUAGCUACUGAUGCCACACAAUCAAUAUUAAAUUCAAGAACAACUUCAGAAUCAACAAGUAUAUCAGUAUCCACCACCACAACCAUAAAACCAAAAAGAAAACGUACAUUUUUCACAGACGAAUUGAACAAAGGACCAUCAUUUGAUGAUUUUGUAAGUGGUAAAGCAAAAGAUAUGCUAGAAGAUCCUUUAGAGCUUGCAAGAAAAGAUCCUAAUGCAAAAUUACCUUCAUGGUUAAAAGUUCCAAUUCCAAAGGGUAAAUCAUAUCAUAAUGUUAAAAAGGACGUUCGAGAAUUAAAAUUAUCAACUGUAUGUGAAGAAGCAAAAUGUCCAAAUAUUGGUGAAUGUUGGGGUGGUAAAAAAUCAGAAGCAACUGCUACAAUUAUGCUUUUGGGUGAUACAUGUACAAGAGGUUGUAGAUUUUGUUCUGUGAAAACAAAUAGAGCUCCUUCAAAACCUGAUCCAAUGGAGCCUGAAAAUACAGCUGAAGCAAUAAGUAGAUGGGGAUUAGGGUAUGUUGUAUUAACUACUGUUGAUAGAGAUGAUUUGAUUGACGGUGGUGCAAAUCAUCUUAGAGAAACAGUUGAAAAAAUUAAAUUAAAAGCUCCUCAAAUAUUAGUUGAAGUAUUAGGUGGUGAUUUUAGAGGUGAUUUAGAAAUGGUUAAAAUUUUAGCAAAUUCAGGAUUAGAUGUAUAUGCUCAUAAUAUGGAAACAGUUGAAGAUUUAACACCACAUAUAAGAGAUAGAAGAGCUACUUAUAAACAAUCAUUGUCGGUUUUAGAAACUGCUAAACAAACAAAACCUUCAUUAAUUACAAAAACUUCAUUAAUGUUAGGAUUUGGAGAAACUGAUGAACAAGUCAUAUCAACCUUAAAAGAUUUACGAUCAAUUGGAUGUGACGUAGUAACAUUUGGUCAAUAUAUGAGACCAACAAAGAGACAUAUGAAAGUUGUUGAAUAUAUCUCACCUGAAAAAUUCAAUUAUUGGAAAGAAUACGCAUUAGAUAUGGGGUUCUUGUACGUUGCUAGUGGUCCAUUAGUCAGAUCUUCUUACAAAGCUGGUGAAGCAUUCAUUGAAAAUGUUUUGAAAAAAAGAAACCAUAAUGUUGGUGAAAGUCCUAGAUUAGGUUCUGAUGGUAUAAAACCAACUAUUUUUCAAAGAUCUUGA